AUCGCAGUCUCUCUCUCACUUCACUUCUUCUUCUUCUUCUCUCUUCGGUUCAAAACCAGAUCUCAACAACUCCGUCAAAAUGCAGUUCAAGCUCCCCGCCGUUGCCGCCUUCUUCGCUGCCGCCGCCCCUGCCAUGGCUGGCCACUGCGGUGUUGACGUCGUUGUCAAGGCUUUGCAGUCCCUUGAGACCAUCACCAGCAACUCCUACAACCUGGUUCAGGGUCUUGGCCCCCACAACGUCGAGGCUACCUGCGGCACCUUCACCGAGAACACCCACAAGGAGAUCGCCGAGAUCGACGUUGUCCUCCACUGCGACAUUGGCGUUUCCUUCGCUGUUCCUCAGCAGAACCAGAUCUGCGGUCUCUGGCACUCCAUCCUGGGCAACCAGUUCCACGCCCAGAACGAGCUGCACCAGCACGUCCAGGUCAUCAACAACACUCCUUUUGCCUCCAACUUUGUUGAUGUCGAGAACAACUACGCCAACAGCAUUGACCAAUUCACCAACUUCCUGAACCCCUUCAUCCCGGUCUGCGCACCUACUCUGGCCCAGUCCCAGCAGAACAUCGUGCACGUCCUCAACGGCAUCACCGCCACCGUCGUGGUCUAAAUGCAUUAGCGGGACUGUAUAUCUGCGACUUGUUGGAUUGUACAGAAGUCAGCAAGCAUAAUCCCCUGCACAGAUUGCAUAUAGCAUCCAUUCAGCCCUUCUCUUCCCCCUGGCGGAGACGAUUGGUAUAUAUAUUGUUGAG